AUGGAAUACCAGACAGUUGUUGUUGGUGGUUGUAGUGGUGCCGGUGCUGGAGGAGACGGAAAGGAUGAUCGGAACAAGAGGCCGGUUCCGGUAGAGGGUGGUAGACAGAAUAACAGCAACCACCCACCAACGCUGACUUGCCCUCGAUGUCAUUCAACCAACACCAAGUUUUGUUAUUUUAAUAACUAUAGCUUGUCACAGCCCCGGUACUUCUGUAAGGGCUGCAAAAGAUACUGGACGCAAGGUGGAACCUUGCGUAACGUUCCUGUGGGUGGUAAAAGUCGAAUGAGCAAACGCUCUAAGCUUGAGUCUGUGGCUGUCUCGGCUACAAACACGGCCUCUACAAGUCAUCGGCAACCGGCUUCGCUACCACAACAACCGCUCUUACUGCCGCCUCAGUCAAUUGCUGUUCCACCAACUGUUGUUUUUCCUAACAAUGGGAACAUGCGGCACUUUAGACAUCAAAAUGAUGUUAACUCGUCAAUGUUAGAAAUUCGCGUACCGCAUGCAACAUCAAAUUCUUUGACGCCAUCGUCAAUAUCAUCCUCAACCAAUAUGCGUAACGAUGACUUGUUGCGUGGGUUGAAUGUAAUGCCUAGCCAAUCCAAUCAUGUUAUGAACUUUUACCCUGCAACCGCAGGGCCCGUCCUUGGUGAUUCGUUGAACGUCGGUAGCGACGUUCUUGCUCUGCUACCACCACCACCACAGCCGGAGGUAGACGACAACAACAAAAACCACCAUGAUAUCCAUAAUGUUGAAGACAAUGAUGGUGAACGUAACAUUCUCGAAUGGGCCAAUUACAUUAGUACCGGUGGGUUUGAUGAAGCAUGA